AACUCCAACAACCCCAUCCUUGAUGUCACAUCCAGCUCUAUGUCUUGCAACGGCGGCACCAAGGCUGAUGACACUCUCGAGGUUGCUGCUGGCUCCGAGAUUGGCCUUCAGUGGCACCACAAUGAUGGCGCGUCUACCGCCGGUGACAACGAUGAGCCCAUUGCAGCUUCUCACAAAGGACCCGUGAUGGUCUACAUCGCCCCUGCCGAGUCCAACGGAGAAGGUGAUGUCUGGGUCAAGAUCCAGCAGGAUGGUCUGACCGGUACCACUUGGGGUGUUGACAACUUUAUCACCAACAAGGGUCUUGUCAAUGUCAAGAUCCCCGAUCUCGCUGCCGGAGAUUACUUGAUCCGCCCUGAGAUUAUCGCUCUUCACGAGGCCAGCUCCCAGGGCAAGGCCCAGUUCUACAACGGCUGCGGUCAGAUUAAGGUCACUGGCUCUGGCUCCGCCAGCCUCCCUUCGGGAGUCGCCUUCCCUGGCGCUUACUCUGCGACUGACCCAGGUGUUCUGUGCAACAUCUACGGCGGGGAGGUCAAGUGCACUGCUUCCGGCAGCGCUGGCUACGACGUUCCCGGCCCUAAGGUC